AUGUCUGGCACUAAUGAUAGAAGAAGGGUCGUUGAUGAUCAAUACGAUGAGCUACUCAAGACAGACAAACAGUUACAAUUUGCAUUUAAAUCUAUUGAAAAUUACUAUAAUGCAAAGGAUACCGAUUUAGUCAAAGACGCCUUAAUACUAGAUUUGAAGGAUUCAACUAGUAAUAUCAGACGUCAUAUCGUGAAUGUCGACGAUAUAUCGAGGAUUAAUUACGAAAUGAUCAAGAAUGCUCCCGGUAAUCUUGUGGCAUCUGAACAUGAAAAUGACGUAGAUAUAGAUCUUUUAAAGACUAAAAUGUUCAAAAACAACCUUUACGAAUUGAAUGAUACUUACUUAAACUUGAUCAAUUGGAAAAAUUCCAUACGAGAGGAACAAAGUAAUGAAAAUGAUGAUAAUUUAAAUACUGAUUUACCUUCAUUAAAUGAUCAAAUAGAAUAUCUGUACCAAAUCCAAGAAAAACUAUUGAAACAGUAUAAUUCAAUGAUAAAUAACGAAAAGAAAUGGUUCACACUCCGUGAAUUACUACUAGAUGCAAAUAUAGAGCUAGAUUUAUUCAGUACUAACGAAUCGAAUCCAAAGUUUAUAAAGAUAAAUCUAGGUGAUAAAAAUUUACAAAAUUCACAAUCUUUUGCAAACACUUUAGCAUUCAAUAGACCAAAGAGACAGAAACUAAAUAAUGGUAAACCAUCAAACAUACUAUGA